AUGCCUACUUGCAACCCCAGAUCCCAGCUCAAGAAGCGAUCAAAGAGGAAGCACGAUAGUCUAUCGAGCUCGCUGUGCGCUACCCUCGUUGAGCACCAACUAGGCCUGUCGAUCAACGUGCUCAUGCUCCUCGUUUUGACGCACGUCUGCUUCCCUAGCCUCCGAUCCUCGACCAUCCAAUACUUUACCCUCUCAUACUACGAUGCCGAAACCCGUCUUUACAACCCUGGAUGGCAGGACCUGAAGUUUGUCUCGCUCUGCAUCAUCGUCUUCACCGCUCUUCGCGCGGCAGCUAUGGACUACGCCCUUGUCCCAAUGGCCAGAAAAUGUGGUAUCUACAAGAAGAAGGCCACCAUUCGCUUCGCCGAGCAGGCAUGGCUAGUGCUGUACUACGCUACAUUCUGGUUCCUUGGAUGUUAUCUCGUAUAUGAAUCCCCAUACUCCAACAACCUGCCCGCAAUGUGGUCAGCUUUCCCGACACGCUCCAUGACUGGCCUCUUCAAACUCUACUAUCUGGCUCAAUUCGGCUUCUGGUUGCAGCAAAUUUUGGUCAUCAACAUUGAAGAGCGCAGAAAGGAUCAUUGGCAAAUGUUCACCCACCACAUCAUUACCUGCUUGCUCCUGAUUGGCAGCUACGGCUACUACCAGACCAAGGUCGGCAAUGUCAUUUUGUGUCUCAUGGAUGUUGUCGAUUUGGUGUUCCCUAUCGCGAAACUGCUCAAGUACAUGGGCAUGCAAACCGCUUGCGACAUUGCAUUCGGCGUCUUUAUGCUUUCGUGGUUUGUCGCCAGACACGUCUUCUAUCUCGCCGUCUGCUGGUCCAUUUACGCCGAUGUCCCCGUCGAAAUGCCCUACGGAUGCUACAAUGCCGAGACUGGCGUCAAAACUUCUGAAGAUGGCGGUAACGAGGUCCUCUCGAAUGUGCUGCACGCCUACACCAGCGGCAACGCCGACGUAUGCUUCAACGAGAAGAUCCACUACGGCUUCCUUGGCCUGCUACUCGCUCUCCAAGUCAUUACGAUCAUCUGGUUCGGCAUGAUCUGCCGCGUCGCAUACCGCGUGGUUCUGGGCAAGGGAGCCGACGACACCCGCUCAGACGACGAAGAAGAAGAGGAAGAGGAGGGAGAUAUCGUGGACACCGUGAGAGAUUUCCCUGAAAAGGAGCCAGAGCUGCGAUUGGCACCGCAAGAGGAAGAGGUGGGCGUUGAGAGCCUACGGUUCACACGCCGACCCAGCCCGGCGGCCAAGCGGACUUCUGAGAAGCCUCGCGCGAGUGGCAUCAGCAUACCCGGCAACCACAAGGAUCUUUUGGGUCGCAUCGGAUGCGAUAAGCCAGCAGGCGGGUCUUGA